UUGGAAGUACUGUACACUCCCUAUCUAUCUGUGUACCCUUGAAUGUUUGCAUUAUUUAUGUGAUUUAAACUGUUUGGCGGGGGGGCUAGGCAACUUGCAUUGUUUGCCUAUAGGGAGGACCAGCACACACUAUACAUCCUUAGUAAUAUAGCAGAUGAUGAUGAUGAUGAUGAUGAUCCUUUGCUCGAUCCAAGAUUUCCUCAGUACACAGAAGCAUAUUCCAAACAACUAAACUGUCAUCAUGGCAAUACAGUGUCGAAUCUUGCAUGCCGCUCGCGUUUGAACCGUGAACAGCUGGCUUGAGGGCAGUCCUGCCCUGGCGGCGGUGACGUCAUCGAGCGCUGAGUUGGGCAGGAGCGAGAGAUCGCUGCGGACGAGGGACCGGGAGAGCUACGAAAGGCACGCUAAACGGGAUUUACCACCACCCUCUUUUGCAAGCUGGUCGGGAUAAAGACCGUCUCCGUCUGCACCCCUUCUGUUUACCCGAACUGUCCAGAGUCAACCUGUAAAGAGGGACUCCAUGAAAGAUGUCAGAGGAGGCGAUUGUUAUUGCCAAGUGGGAUUAUACGGCACAGCAAGACCAGGAACUUGACAUUAGGAAAAAUGAGCGAUUGUGGCUCCUUGAUGACUCGAAAACAUGGUGGUGUGUACGAAAUGCCUCCAACAGAACGGGCUAUGUGCCCUCCAACUAUGUCGAACGCAAGAACAGUCUGAAGAAAGGCUCUCUGGUGAAAAACCUCAAAGAUACCCUUGGCCUGGGAAAAACGAAACGCAAGACGAGCGGACGGGAAGCCUCUCCCACACCCAGCACAGAUGAGUACUCAUCUAAUGGAGGUGGAGCCGAACGAAUCUACGACCUGAACACCCCAGCGGUGGUGAAGUUUGCAUACAAUGCCGAACGGGAGGAUGAACUCAGCCUGGUGAAGGGCGCCCGGCUGAUGGUGAUGGAGAAAUGCAGCGACGGCUGGUGGAGGGGCAGCUAUAAUGGUCAGAUGGGCUGGUUUCCCUCCAACUACGUCCUGGAGGAGGAGGUCGAUGACACCUCGGUCGACCUCCCUGUCUUCUCCUCACAGCCGGGCCUCAGUAAUGGACAGGGCUCCAGGGUCCUUCAGACUGUUCAGACACUCUACCCCUUCAGUUCCGUCACAGAGGAGGAGCUGAACUUUGAGAAGGGCGAGACGAUGGAGGUGCUGGAGAAGCCAGAGAAUGACCCAGAAUGGUGGAGGUGUAAGAAUUGCCUUGGGCAGGUGGGUCUGGUGCCAAAGAACUAUGUGGUUGUACUCAGCGACGGUCCGUCAUCGACUGCCUCAGGCUCCCACUCCCGUAAAAACAGCCACACAAGGCCCUCCCACACAGGGAAGUUUGUGGGAAAGGACUGGUACCAUGGGAACGUGACACGGCACCAGGCUGAGCACGCUCUGAACGAGAGGGGGGUGGAGGGAGACUUCCUCGUGCGAGACAGCGAGUCCUCUCCGAGUGACUUCUCUGUUUCUCUUAAAGCAGCUGGAAAGAACAAGCACUUCAAGGUGCAGUUGUCCAAUGGAGUUUACUGUAUCGGUCAGCGCCGUUUCAAUACGAUGGAUGAACUGUUAGAGCACUACAAGAAAGCUCCCAUCUUCACGAGCGAACAUGGUGAAAAGCUUUACCUUGUCAAACCCCUCCAGUGACCUUCCACACAAAAAUGAGCCUUAGGACCAGACCAGAGCAGACCUCACAUUGAGCCAAGUGAUAUCUACAAAUCCUGCUUAACACUCAAUUCUCACCAGCAACCACUGGUUCUUUUUUGUUUUUAUAGAAGAGACUUACCAAGUACCAAUGGGGGUUACUUCAGGAUUUAAUGCUACUUUGCAGAUGUGUCUUUUUUUCACUGAGGUAUCCUUUCUUUUCCUGUGCCUCCAUACUACUACUACCACUGGCAUUCUUCAGUAAGAAGGGUUUGUAAAAAUGAGCAUUGCCUUUUCUAAAUUGCCUUGGCAAACAGCACAUUUUCUAGCCUAUAUCUGCAGAAAUGAUUUCAGCAGCACAAUCCUCGCACUGGUCCUUAAGAAGACUACAGACACAAAGGAAUUACAGGAAACUGUAUGUACACAGGAGUUGCCAAAGAAAGAGUUGGUGACAGACAGAAUGGUACGAGUCGCACCCUGGUGGAUGAACUGGGAAAUGCCAACAGGACGGUCUUGAUAAGAUGAAUGUUUUGUAGAUGCUUAACCAAAUGUGCCAUCCUCACAUUCAAGCACUGCUCAUCUGAUAUAUAAGAGAACUCAGGGAUGGGUUACCGACCAGGCCAAUGGGGCCAGUGCCCAGGGGCCCUUGACUGCCCGGGGGGGGCCCUGGGUUUUAAGGUUGCGUUAUCCAAUUUGGCAAAAACCCAUAAACAAUUAAACAAACCCCCCCCACCCUCCACUCAACAACAAUUUGGAGGGGGGGCCCCUUGGAGAUAAUUGGCCCCGGGGCCUUUGCCAGUCAUAAUGUGUCCCUGAGAGAACUAUAUUAACCUCAUUCCAAUUCACUAUUUGUAGCGACAUCAACGUGUUGGCAUAAACAUAUUACAGCAAACACCGUUAGAAUUUCGAAGAGAAAAGUUUUGUCUAUUUACAAAUGAAUCCAUUCAUCAUUUAGUUUCUGAGCUUUUAUCAAAGUUCAAUAUGUCUGAAUGUUACUGAGCAUUAUUAUUUAAAACCAUGUUUAUUUAACGGAGAGAAAAGUGCUACAGAGAAGGAAAAUGUAGUGAGCACAUCCAUGAACGCUGUGCAAACAUUUUGAAAUACUUUUGUUUAAUUAAACAGUUUGCAAUUGUAA